AUGGUGAUGACCCAUCGAUUGUAAUUCAAAAUAUCCAAUCGCAUAUUAGUUUAUUUUGAUACUGGGUCUGAAUAGUUGAAACGAAUAAGUCUGGAAGUCAUGUGAAUGGCAUCUGUUAUUGGCUUCUUGCUUGAGUUUGUCAUGCGAAAAUGACAUCUUUCUUGGAUGUGCCCUCCUGGUGGUCGACGAAAUGUCUACAAGAACUCUUUUGUCUUCACUUUCUCCUUAAAAGCCACUUCCACAUGUCUCUCUAGGCUUUAACAACCUUUGUUUACCGGUAUGGUUUCCUUUCAUGUCCCAAACAGCUGACUGGCAUUGAAUUCAACUGUUCAAGGGUCACCUUCAGAGAAUUAUGUCAUACGCAAUGUGGUAGAGGUUGAACGGAAGAGUACAUUUUGAAACUGAGAAUCAUCUUGAAGAUUUGGGAGAAAUCAGUUAAAGAUUCCAAGCUCCCCAAUCAUUGUCCUCUUAAUGAAGUUUGUCAACACAGCAUAUGAUCCUGCAGAGAUUAAAGAAGAAGAAAUUGUGAAAAAAAUGGUUGAAACACAAUCAUCAAGUGUUCAGGUGAAGAAAAACGAGAAUAUUCUUCACAAAGGCAGUAAAGAAAUUUUGACUGGAGAAGAUAGUGAAGGAAAUGCAGGAGGGGAGAAAAAGCAACAUAAGCGGAAACAAGACGGAACGAAAGGGGGUACGGACAAGGUGGUACAUGAGGAAAAACAAAGAAAAAGAAGACAGAACAGUGCAACGAAUGAUAAAAAGGAACUCAAGUUGAAAAGCACUCCCACCGCCACUGAUAGUGAUUUCGAGACGCCAAUUAAGAAGAUAGAGGUAGAUGUUGCACUGUUGAAGGCAAUAGAAAUUGCUACCGAUUUGGAGAAAAAGAGUGAGAAGAAGGUAGCGAAGAAGUAUAAUACAAUAAGGACAAGGACAUCUCCAAAUGCCUUGUACCAGGCGUUGCAAUCAUUAAACAACGCUCAAAGACAGGCUAUUAUAAGCAUGGGUUUUGGUGAACUGCUGAACAUGAAGGCAGAUGGAAUCCCUUCGAAAUUGGGAUUCUAUGUUGUUGACAAUUUAGACACUAAAAAGAUGGAGAUAAAGGUGAGUCAUGGGGCAAUAAAGAUUACUACCGAGGCCAUUCAUGAAAUUCUAGGAGUACCUAUUGGUGGUGUAGACCUAAAAUCCAUUGAAUCUGCAACAAUGGAAGCCGACAUCACCAAAAGAUGGAGGCAACAGUUUGACAAAGUAAAGGUUCGUCCUGCAGACAUCAUGAAGGAGAUUGAGCGUUCAAAAGUUGCGGAUUUUAAUUUCAGAAUAAACUUUAUAACCCUUUUUGUUAAUACAAUGGCAGAUUGCAACAGAAUGGGUUGUUGCAAUCUUGGCUUCCUUUCACACAUUCAUGAUGAUGCAAUCUUAGACAAAAUAGAUUGGUGCAAAUUUAUUUUCGAUUGUGUGAAAACAAGCAAAGUGGGUUGGAAGAGAGACAGCAGUUUAAGCUUCUAUGCAGGUCCACUCACCUUUUUGACGUUGUUGUAUGUAGAUGCCACUAGAUGUAAAAAGGUAAAUAUCGUUAGGGAACGGCCAGCCAUAAAGUCAUGGAAUAUGAGUCUUUUAAGAAGGAGAGAGGCUGCAGAGAUCGAUGAAGGGGGUUUUGGACUUGGGGUUUUGGUUGGGCCUUUUCAGGACCCAAACUCAAGUAAAUUUGAAACUACAAAUGUUGUUGGUGCUGAGGGUGAUGAAACAUUAAUGAAUAAAGCUGCUGAAGGAUCUAGUCAAUCACAGGAGAGCAUACGAGAGGGUUAUAUACUUAAACUUCAUGAGAUAAUAACACGGUGGAUAGCAGAGAAGAGCAUCGUGGAAGCAACGCUAGAGGAGGCAAUGUCAAAGUUUCCACAUGAUGAGAAGUUUAUCAAGUAUAGAGAUCAACUUGACAAUCUGUUCAAGGGGCGAUCCGAUGACAAAGAAGAGAAUCCCACUGGUUCAUGUAAUGGUCAACUAGAUUCUAAUGAUGAAUUAUUCGAUGUUAAGGUCAGGGUUGAUGAUGUUUGUGAGGAGGGGGACCAACGUGAUCCUGUUUCUCCAACAACAGGUCAAGGAAUCGAAAUUGUUCCCCACAAUGAGUACGUCGAUAAAUUUUCUGAUGUAUUGGAAGAUUUUUGUGGAAUGGAAGAGUACACCCUGAAGCUGAAGACAGAGGCUCCUGGACAUAUUUGGAAAGCAAAUGGCCAGGUACAUAAUUUUGAAGAUUAGGAGUAUAUCAGUUGAAGAUUUCAGUCAUAAUGAAGUAGGUU